AUGGCGGCAUCCACAUCCGCCAACUCAACAACACUAUGUGUUGCCCACCACGGUGUCCAGCACACCUUCAGCAUACCUGUCGAGCUUUUCUCAGAACUCGCACCUUCCAAAGAUGGCUUCCUCAGUGCCGUGGCUGCGAGCGAUCAAGCCCCCCAGACACCCGCAGAGCUCGCCCUACGAUUCAUCCAACACCUCCUGAACGAGGGCGCAAGUGCUCAGACCACGGCCGCGCUGGUCGCCGCUUUUGAGAAAGACUUCCUCGGGACUACAGACAUCCACAGCCUGGCAGACGGCCAGCCUGGUGGGCCACGAGCCGGAGAGCCGCUCAUCAAGACGUACUACGCAGCUCUGGCGCACUGCGGCAUGGAGCCAGCAACAGUGCCCAGUGCGCUAUUGACCGCGGCAGCCGAAGGGCGUGCCCGGCUGCUGCUAGUAUUCGGCGGGCAGGGAAUGGGCAACGCGGGAUGCGUCCAGGAGCUGCAGGCAUUGCAUUCCACGUACGCGCCUCUGCUCUCCCGGCUCAUGGGCGUAGCUGCACCGCUCCUCUCAGGGCUUUGCCGGCACCCAUGGACGAGGAAGCUCUACGCCGGGCGGCAGAUCGACCUGCUGCGCUGGCUGCGCCACCCCGCCGACGUUCCCGACGAGUCUUUUGUCGCCAGCGCCUGCGUCAGCCUUCCCGUCAUCGGGCUCGUGAGCCUCGCGCACUACGCCAUCGCCUGUGCAGCCCUCAACAUGACGCCUGGCCAGUUCCGGCAACACCUGCACGGCAUCACUGGCCACUCGCAGGGGCUGAUCGUCGCGGCCGGCCUCGCCGAAUGCGACAGCUGGGAGUCCUUCUACGCCGUCGCCUCCGCCGUCAUCAUCACGCUCUUCUGGUCCGGCUUCGAGGCCCACACAGCCGCCCCUCAGUCCCGGCUGUCCAGCGAGGAAAUCGCCGACUGCAUCGAGAACGGCGAGGGCAGGCCGUCACACAUGCUCAGCCUGCGCGGCCUGCGCGAGCCCCAAGUCAGCGAGCUCCUCGCCGCGUGCAACGCCCAUCUGCCGUCCGAAUCACAGCUGCACGUGGCGCUGCAGAACACGGCGGACAACUGCGUUAUCGGAGGACCGCCACGGUCGCUGCGAGGGCUCUGCCUGCACCUGCGCGGCAUCAAGGCCGCCGACGACGAGGACCAGUCGCGCAUCCCGCACCGGCAGCGGAAAAAGGCCAUCAAGAGUGCGUUCCUGCCCAUCAGCGCGCCCUUCCACACGCCGUACCUGGCCGCCGUGGGCGCGAGGCUGAAGGAGCACACGGCCGGCACGCAGCUCAACCGCGAGGGCGCCAUGGCCAUCCCGACGUACCACACGCUGGCAGGCCGCGACAUGCGGGAGAUGGGCUCCGUGACGGACGCCCUGGCCGACGCCGUAGCCAACGACAGGGUCGACUGGCCCGCUACUCUGGCUGCCGCCACUACGCACAAUGGCGCCAUUACCCACGCCGUCGUGCUCUCACGCGGCUUCGGCGGCCUCGUGGCCAGCGCCCUGCAGGGCACCGGCAUCGUCGUCAUCAACGCCGCGGACCCGGGCGCCCCGCAGGCCCAGCAGCGCUCCGCCCGCAGCGACCUCUUCGCGCCGCGUCUGCCGGACGCCAAGCUGGCUGGCCACGGGUCCUGGCAGCAGCGGUACGGCCCGCGGCUGGUGCGGACGGCGUCCGGGGCGGCGGUGCUGGACACGAAGCUGUCACGCGUGCUGGGGGUGCCGCCCGUCGUCGCCGCCGGCAUGACGCCCACGACGGUGCACUGGGACGUCGUGGCCGCCAUCAUGAAGGCCGGCUACCACGGCGAGCUGGCCGGCGGCGGCUAUUUCGAGCCCACCAGCAUGGAGGCCGCCAUCGAGAAGGCGGCGCAGGCCCAGCCCGGGCGCGGCAUCACAGUGAACCUGAUCUACGCCAGCCCCGAGGCCAUGCGUUGGCAAAUCAGCCUGCUGGGUCGUCUGCAGCGUAGGAGAGUCGCCAUCGACGGGCUGGCCAUUGGCGCGGGCGUGCCGUCGCCUGAGAUCGCGUCCGAGUACAUCACCACGCUCGGCCUGCGCCACCUCGCGCUGAAGCCAGGCUCGGUCGACGCCAUCAAGCAGACGCUCGACAUCGCCGCCGCCCACCCGCGUUUCCCCAUCAUCCUCCAGUGGACCGGCGGACGCGGCGGCGGCCAUCACUCGUUCGAGGACUUUCACGAGCCCAUCCUCGCCACGUACGCACAGAUCCGCAAGCACGCCAACGUCGUGCUGGUCGCCGGCAGCGGCUUCGGCGACGCGGCCGGCGCCUACCCGUACCUCACCGGCGAGUGGGCGCGGCGAUUCGGCAUGCCGCCCAUGCCGUUCGACGGCAUCCUGCUGGGCAGCCGGCUGAUGGUGGCGCGGGAGGCGCACACGGCGGCGCAGAGCAAGGCGCUCAUCAUCGCGGCGCCGGGCGUCGAGCACGAGGCCGACUGGGACCGCAGCUACGAGGGGCCCGCCGGCGGCGUCGUCACCGUCAAGUCGGAAAUGGGCCAGCCCAUCCACAAGCUGGCGACGCGCGGCGUGCUGCUCUGGGCGGAGCUGGACCGCACCGUCUUCAGCCUGCCGCGCGGCGAACGGCCCGCGGCGCUGGCUGGCAUGCGGACGCGGCUGAUCGAGCGGCUCAACGCCGACUUCCAGAAGCCGUGGUUCGGCGUGGACGGCCAAGGUCGGGCUGUGGAUGUCGCGGAUAUGACAUACGCCGGUGUCCUGGCCAGGCUGAUGGCGCUGACGUUCGUGGCGGACCAGGGGCGCUGGAUCGACCGCUCCUACGCGGCCCUCGUGCGCGACGUCGCCUGCCGCACGCUGGAGCGCCUUGCCCCGGGGCAGGCCAUGGUCCCGCAGCUCGAGCUGGAGCCGACGGGCUUCGUGGAUGAGUUUGUGCGCCUCUGUCCGCAGGCGGGCGAGGCGCUGGUGAGCCCCGAGGACGCGCGGUGGUUCGUGCGGCGGUGCAAGGCGCGCGACAUGAAGCCGGUCAACUUCAUCCCAGCGCUGGACGAGGACUUUGAGUUCUUCUUCAAGAGGGACUCGCUGUGGCAGAGCGAGGACGUCGACGCCGUCGUCGGCCGCGACGCCGGCCGCGUCUGCAUCCUGCAGAGCCCCGUCAGCGUGCGCCACUCGCGCACCGCCGACCAGUCGGUCAAGGAGGUGCUGGACGAGAUCACCGCCGGCUUGGUCGAGAGGCUGGAGCGGGAUCUGUAUGGCGGCGAUGUGGCCAAGAUGCCGUCCGCGGUCGAGAGCAACACGGCUGAAGUGAUCAUGCCCACCGCGGCGAAGCUGGCGGGCGUCGACAUCACGGACCUUGGUCAUUCGAUUGCGUUCAAGUUGGCUCCUGGCCAGGCCCCGCCGAGCCCCGAUGACUGGAGUGCCUUCAUGGAGCAGCACACUGGUGGCUGGGUCCAGGCCUUGGUCGCGGAUAGAUUCAUCCUGCAAGGCAAAACCCGCGUCCCCAAUACUUUCCGUCAAGUCUUGCAGCUGCGGCCCGGAGAGCGCGUCGAGUGCGACCGGAGCCAGUCCGCGAUCCGCAUCACCACGAUCGGACCGUCUUCGGAGGACGUCUGCACCAUCUCGGCAUCUGGGGAGACGAUUACGGCCUCGUUCUCCGUGCCGGGCUCACCGGCGGCAAUGCUGCGCCUUGAACUUUCGUACGACCCAAACCGCAAGGACUGCAGGCUCUCCGAGCAGCAUUCGUCUCGUCUCCAGCACGUGCGUGAGAUGUACCGCAGUCUGUGGACCCCCCAAGCCGCUCUCCCCGAGGCUGGCAGACUGAAGUCGGAAUUCCAAGGCCCGGAAACCACCAUCACCGAACAGCUGGUUCGGGACCUGGCCUGCACCCUCAACAUGGUCCUUCCGGAUCUGGGACUCGGCGACGCUGCAUCCGACCACGUCCCUCUCGACCUCUGCAUCGCACUCGCCUGGGAGCCCCUCGUCGAGCCGCUGCUGCUCCCGGAAAUGGAGGCCGACAUCCUCCGGCUGGUGCACCGCUCCAACAGGUUCGAGUACCUGCCCGGCGCCAAGCCGCUGAGGGUGGGCGACAAGGUCCGAGCCGUGUCGCGCAUCCAAGCCGUCACCAUCGAGGAGGCCGGCAAGACGGUCGCCGUGCGCGCCGUCAUCCACCGCGUCGCCGGCGACGAGCCCGUCGUGGCCGUGACGUCCGAGUUCCUCUUCCGCGGCUCCUCGUCCAACCCAGCCGCCACCUUCGAGCACAUCCAGCACCCCGACUUCACGCUGCACGUCGCCUCCGAGCUGGAAGAGGCCCUGCUCCUCAACCGCCCCUGGUUCGCCCUCGACGACGCCGCCACCAGCACCCCGCUCGUCGGCCGCACCCUCCUCUUCACCAACCUGGCCUCCUCGCUCUCCCGCAACAACAACCACAACGGCAUCACCACCCCCACCAUCACCAACCUCCACACCACCGGCACCGUCCUCGCCUCCUCCCCUUCCUCUUCCUCCCCCACCCCCAUCGCAACCAUCUCCUUCACCACCCCCACAUGCCACACCAACCCCAUCCUCGACUUCCUCACCCGCCGCGCCACCACCCCCUCCGCCACCCCUCGCCCCAUCAUCCCCCUCGCCAAGCCCGGCUGGCACACCAACAACAACAACAACAAACACACCAUCCGCAUCCCCGCCGGCCCCGCCACCGACGCCGCCUACGCCGCCCUCUCGCGCGACGCCAACCCCAUCCACGUCGCGCCCGCCGUCGCCGCGCUGGCCGGGCUGCCUCCUGCCCCUGGCGGCGGUUCAGGCGGUGCAGGCGGUGGUGGUGCAGGCGUGGUGGUGCAUGGGAUGUUGACGAGUGCGAUGGCGCGGGCGGUGGUGGAGCGCGCGGCGCUUGGCGGUGGCGGUACUGCGGAUGGCGGUGGUCGGGCGCGGUUCCGGGCGUGGGAGGCGCGGUUCGUGGGGGUGGUGAGGCCCGGGGAGGGGUUGGUGGUGGGGUUUGAGCAUGUGGGCAUGACUGCGGGGGCGGGGGACCAAGGGCGCGGAGGGGGAGGAAGAGGGGGAGGAGGGCGCAUGGUGUUGAGGGUGUGGGUGAGGCGGGAGGGGGAAGAAGGGGGAGAGGGAGAGCUGGUGAUGGAGGCGGAGGCGGAGGUGGAGCAGGCGCGGACGGCGUAUGUUUUUACGGGGCAGGGGAGCCAGCGCGUGGGCAUGGGCAUGGAGUUGUAUGCGUCCAGCGCGGUGGCGAGGGGGGUGUGGGAUCGCGCGGAGAAGUGGCUUGGGGACAAGUAUGGUUGGUCGAUGCUGGAUAUCGUCAAGACGAACCCAAAAACCCUCACCGUGCACUUCCGCGGGCCGCGCGGCCGGCGCAUCCGCGACAACUACCGCGCGCUGACGGUGGAGAAGACGCUGUCGGAUGGCUCGACGGCCGAAACGCCCAUCCUCCCCGGCCUCACGGACCAGUCCCAGUCGUACACCUUCUCCGACCCCCGCGGCCUGCUGUUCUCGACGCAAUUCGCCCAGCCCGCCAUUGUGCUGCUCGAGUGCGCCGCCUUCGAGGACAUGCGCGCCAAGGGCCUCGUGCAGGACGAGGGCGCCAUCUUCGCCGGCCACUCGCUGGGUGAGUACGGCGCGCUGGUGGCGGUGGCCGGGCUGCUGUCCGUCGAGCAGGCAGUCGAGACCAUGUUCUACCGCGGCUUGACCAUGCAGCUGGCACUGGAGAGGAACGAGGACGGGACAAGUGAUUACGGCAUGGUGGCCGUGAGCCCGGCCAGAGUUGCGCCAGGCUUCGACGAAACGGCGCUGAGAGCCGUCGUUGACCUCAUUGCGUCAGAGGCCAGCGUCUUGCUUGAGGUGGUGAACUUGAACGUCAGAGGAGAGCAGUACGUCUGCGCGGGCACGCUGUCAACCCUGCACUGCCUCGGCCGCCUCCUGGACCAUCUCGCGCAAUCAGCAGACUCUCAAUCCGUCCUCGGCGAGCUCCGAUCCGGCCAUGCCUCCAGCCUGCGCUGCCUGAUCAAGCAGUACCUCGCCGAGUCGCCGCCAUCACCGCUUCGGCGCGGCAAGGCGACCAUUCCGCUCCAGGGAAUCGACAUCCCCUUCCACUCGUCGCUGCUGCGCACCGGCGUGCACCCCUACCGCAGGUUCCUGCACCGGACCAUCGGGCCCGUCGACGACGCCCGCCUCGAGAAGCUGCGCGGUCGCUACAUUCCGAACGUCACCGCCAAGCCCUUUUCUCUUGCGGAUGAAUACAUCCGGGAUGCGUGUGACACCACGCAGAGUCCGGUGCUGGGACAGGUGCUUGCGUCGGCGUGA